AUGCUCGCAGCACGGCGCAUCACACGCUGCAACACCUGCCCCGUCACCCUGCUCAACACGCUCUUCUCGGCCUGCGGCGCGAGCGUGCGACUACCUGUCCCGGCACGGGCACUCACCUCCGCGAAUGCUGCUGCCACUGCGAGAUUUAGAUACUCGGGGGUACUCGGGACAGCACGGGGGCUCCAGCACUCGGCGGUGAGACCUGCACCACCGCCGCCGCCGGAUGAGUUUAUCGAGGGGGUGUUUGAGUCGGUGACCGAGACCGUCACAGAGCUAUUCGAGACCGAGACCGUCGCAGAGCUAUCCGAGACCGAGACCGUCGCAGAGUCCGUGGUCGACACUAUAACCAUCGAGCGCCGGACCGUGCGGAAGGAGCAGAGACGUGAAGACGAGCCUACCACCAGCACCGCAGCUGAAGAGAUAUUAGCGGACGAGGACGACACAGCCCCAGCGCCCGCAGCAUCCAGCCCGCAAGCCCCCGCCCCCGACGCCGUCCCCUGGUUCCUCCGCGUCGAGACCCCCCGCCCCGCCAGCCACCCCUUCGCCUCGCACCAGGCCCUCCCCGCGCUCCCGCCCGCGCCGCCAACAGCCCUCUCACCGCUCCUCGCGCACCUCAGCACCGAGCUCGGCAUCGGCGACCUCGCCAUCAUGGACCUGCGCACCAUGGACCCGCCGCCCGCCAUCGGGCCCGACACCAUCAUGGUGCUCGGCAACGCGCGGUCCGAGCGCCACCUGCACACCUCCGCCGACAAACUCUGCCGCUGGCUGCGGUCCGAGUGGAAGAUGCGCCCGGACGCCGACGGCCUGCUGGGCCGCGGCGAGCUCAAGAUCAAGAACCGCCGGCUCAAGAAGAAGGGGAAGCUGGUCAACACGCAGACGGGGCAGGAGGAGGGCGUGGGCUGGAUAUGUGUGAAUGCGGGCGACCAGGGGCUGGUGGUGCAGCUGUUUACGAGCCAUCGCAGGGACGAGAUUGAUCUCGAGGGACUGUGGGGGGGGUAUUUGGGCGUGGGGGCAAUCACGAGGAGCCCGAGGGCGACGGAGGCGGAGGAGGCGUAUAACGAGCAGAAGAAGAGGCAAUUAGAGGAGGAGGAAGAAGAGAUGGGCGGGAAUGCAGAGGUUAGAUAUAACCCCCGCGUCCCGCUCAUCCGCCUGGGUGCCGGGCUCUCCACCGGCGCCGACUACACCAGCGCCCCCGCCCGCCCCCCGCACACCCGGGCCCUGCACACCUCCACCUCCGCCCCCGCCGCGCGCCGCCUCUUCACCACCUCCGCCGCGCGCCACCUCCAACUCUCCGCGCUCACGCCCACCGACCCGUCCAACCCGCGCUCCGCCUACCUCAUCGACGACAUCGCCUUCAAAGGCAUCGAAGUCCCCCGCUCCGUCGCCCAAGGCAAGCCCUGGCACCUCACCAAGCAGCUACCCGCCUCCUACACGCCCAACACACACACCGCCGUCUCCGCCCUCAUCCUCCGCGCCCACAUCAACCAGCUCCGCACGCAGUAUCCGGGCUGGAAAGGCACCGCCGACUGCCCCCUCCUAGGCUCCGGGCCCGCCGACACAUCGUCAACCGACUUCCUGCGCACCUUCCACGCCCACCUCCCCUCCGCCCCAUCCCCCAGCGCGAACCAGCUGCGCCUGGAACUCCUCAUCGAGGCGCACCGCAUCGCGCCGUCAUCCUACCCCGCGCAGUGCAUCAUCGACUUCCUCACCACCCUCACCACCCCGCCCUCGCAAGAACAAUACUACCUCGCCCUCCGCGCCCUCUCCUCCUCCCCCACCACACUACGCCCACACGGCAGCGGCAACAACGCAGACCUAACCCUCCUCGACACACUAACCGCACACCUACGCACCCACCACCCCACCGCCGACCCCACCGCGCCCGAAUACGCCCUCUGCCGUCUGCGCGCGCUCGCGCCCCCCGCACUCCCACUCGUGCACGCCCUGGCACUCACCGUGUGCGACCCGGGCAUCGCGACGCCCACGCACGCCAUCCGCAAGCGCGCCGAGAAGCUGCGCAUGUGCCGGUACCGGCUGGACCCACGUGUGCACGCGCUCGCCGCGGAGGUGCGGGCCGGCGGGCACGGGUACACACUGCGCGAGUGGCACGAGAUGCUGCUGUGUGUGUAUGCCAUGUGCGGGGCGUGGCGUGCGUUCUGGAAUGCGUGGGUGAGGGUGGGGCUGUUGGGCAAGGAGGGGGUUUUGGCGGGGAGGGGGUUGGUGGCGGGGAUGGGGAGGGAGGUGCCGGCUGUUGGGGUGGGGGUGGGGAUGGCGAGGGGGUUGGUGGCGUUGGUGGAUUUGGCGGAGGGGGUUAAAGAGGAGGUUAAAGAGGAGGAGGUUAAAGGGGAGGGGGAGGUGGAAGAGGGGCGGAAGGGAAGAAGGCGGAGAAGAGGAGUGAGAAGGGCGAGUGGAGAGUCUUGCGGGAGAAGUGUGAGAGGGUCAUCAGGAGGGCCGGUGCACAGGCACAGGCACAAGCACAAGCAGCUACUUCAUAGAUAG